AUGCGCUUACAAGCAUUUUUGCUACUUGUUUCGUUCCAGUGGUCCAACUCAUUGCAUGGUAAAUGUCUUUACAUUUUUGAAAACAGAUUUUCGUUAUGUUUAAAGACUGCCUUUCAAACCAGCUCGCGCUAUUCCAAGCUGCAAUUCAUCCUGUAAAUAGUUUCUACAGCACUUUCAUGCGUACAGAUAAUAAUGAUCCAUUUUGAUGGAAAGUCUGUUAAAAGCCUGUUUCAAAAAGAUUCUUUGCAGAUGACUUUAAUAAUUUACCCUAAAAUUGGGAGGUAGAAAUUGGUUUAAAUUGUGUUUAAUUUUCAUCAUUUUAACAUAGACUAUUCCAUGUUUACGUACCUUAAACAGAAUUUCGAGAAGUAAGAAGAGCGGUUUUGUUAAUUUGUGUCGCAAAAAAGUCUCGAUCCCUAGCUAUAUUGAGAUAUAGUUAUUUCCAGGGGCCCAAAACCCUGUUGCGUUUUUAUUGAAACAAUCAAAUUAAGGUAAUACGUUCAUGUUAGAAAUAUGCAUUCAUUAUACUCUGUUCGUGAUGAAAAUCAUGAACGUAUUAACCUCAACAUUCAACCGCACAAUGGUAGGAACAAAAUUAAGGAAAUAAUUAUUAGCCGAAAUUUAAAAGUUUUGCUAAUAAUUGUUUAAUAGACAAUUAAUAGACGAUAUAAGGCACUUUUAAAGUCUCUAAAUUAUUUCGUACAUUGACUGCUGCUGUGCAGUGUGAAAUACAUUACUGGCUUGACCAUUCCCUGUGCCUAUAUUGAGCAUACUUAGGCUCCGGAGAGGGUAGAUUACCGUAUUCUUGCUACUUUACAAAUCUUAUCACGUUUCACACCACAGCACCAUCCAGAUAGCUUUUGGGCAAUUUUGAGGCCUUCAAAAUGCUUGCAUAAUUACUAUAAUAAUUUCAUUUUCUUAAUUUUCAGUUGCUGUCUCAGAUGCUGUGGAAUCUGCAGAUCGUAAGUCAUUGUCCUGGGACCAGGAUCCGCAGUGGGGAAAUACCAGUUCUAUUACGUGAUGACAAUUACUGCUUUAACCGUUUAUUAUUAAAUUGACAUCUGUUUAUUAUUAAUUCGAAAUUUACGAGGAUUUUUAUAGAAAACCACUCAAACGUGACUGGGUGGCAAGAGUUGUUUUUCUCAUACAAAUCCUUUUAAUUUUCGGCGGGCUUUGCAAUCGGUCCUUUUGAGAUAUACGGCUGAAAAUUCAGAGGUUACCUAAUUUUAAUAUGCUCUUUCAGUUCCUGCUAACAAAAUUUUUCAAAAGCUGACUGUUUUCAUGUUUAAAGAAAGUUGAUCACGUGACCAACUAUUGCAAAAGGCCUAUUACCCUGGCUAAUAAUGAAAAGAAUAAUUUCCAUUUGUUUUAGAUUUAAUACCCUAAAGCUAGUAAGUCAGGAAUUAGUAACUACAUUUUCACUGCUCCUACUUCUAAGAGGCGAAAGUGAAUGCUGCUCCGCAAUAAGCCUUACUGAGCUAAUCUCAGUAUCAUAUAACCAGCUGUUAGCAUGCACUCUGGUGCAGUCCCUCGUUGGUCUCCCUCUUGGGUUUUCCCCGCCGGCCUAAAUCGUUAAAAUAUCUUAUGAAGUCAAAAUAUUUAUCAAAUUGAGCGUUUGCAUUUCCGUAUUAAACAGAGAGUAGCGCGUAAGCUUCGAUCUAUUGAUUUUUUUAAGUUAAAUUACCUUUGUAUCGUGGAAACAAUACGCUAACACUUGAGUCUUGAAUCAAAGGACGCGACAUGCAUCGGCUUCCUUUGUGAGCGCGCAAAUAGUCACGGGACCCGCGAUUUUGAGGGCGACACGGAUCUACAGGAGCCGUUCCGUAAUGUGCUCGCACCUAAAAUGCUCGCCCGGGCGACAAUCCUGAGAAAAUGCUUGCAGUCGAAAUAACAUACUAAAAUUUGAAAGAAAAAAAAUCCCUAACAGCAACAGCUUUAGUUUGUUUUAUUUCACAGAUAUUUUUGAUGCGCUUUAUCAUUAAUUCUUCUGACAAGAUCCAUUUUCUUUUUUGGGUUUUAUAGCCUGGCCAGUGUAUUGUGCAUGGAAACUUUUCUCGGGUUUGCCUUUUUACCCUGUUAACAUGAACGAUUUUGCGAUCACUUGAAACAGGUUGUGCCUUCAGCUACAAAAAAGUCGGUUGUUUCAAAGAUGACAGAAAGAACCCUCGACCAGUACCUGUCCUCGUUUUUACCGAUCGCGAUGUCAGCAGCGAUGUGUGGAGUGGUAAGACCAUCGGCUGGCCCAACUGGGAUACAUACAUAGUUGAUCUGGUUUGCAGAUGUGCAAAUGAGUCAAGGGCAAGGAACUAUUCCCACUUCAGCAUUCAGUAUUACGGUAACUGUCAAGAUAUAGUUCGAGGUUUUUCGGGUAACUGAGUACCUACCCUUUUCUUAAGUCCACUUAGAGCAAAAUUGUGAGAAACCUGGAAAUGAGUCAAGGGCAAGGAACUAUUCACCCUUCAGCUUUCAGUAUUAAGGUAACUGACAAGUGAAUAUAGUAAGAGGUUUCUGGGUAACUGACGACCCACCCUUUCCCUAAGUCCACUUAGGGAAAAAUUGUGCCUUAGGGGAGGGGUAGGUGGUUAGUUACCCAGAAAGGCCUCAAUUGAUCCUAAAUUGUUUUAUAAAAUGGAAAUGUUUCCUGCUUUAUUCGUUUAAAUCUUAUUUUCCUUCAGAAUGUUAGUAAUAUAUACGCUAGCGUAAAGCGGAGUUCCCUUGCUAAUAAAAUUGUGACAAUAGUAGAUCUCCUUGCUCCUAAUACAAUAAUGUUGAUUGAACAAGACUGGGUACAAUCAAGUUCUUCUUUUGGCACACAUUGCUGGGCGAGAGGGAGGGGAUCAGGGAAUAAAAUCGAAGGCUAUCUAAAAAAUAUAUUACAAGUAUAACAAGUUUUUUUAAUAAUCACAGCCAGUGCAGUCAGCUAUCUCAAGUUAUUUACACCACCGUCUGCUCACUUAUCCAAAAUUGAACAAUUUCAGAUUUAGGUAGACCACCAUUUAAACUGGGCCUAACGGUCUCCAAUAAUUAAAUACUGAACCAAUAAUUAUUUAAGUAAUGCCGUCGUGCAAUUUUUCUUAAAGGUGAGUGUUGGUCUGGAUCAGAUGCUGCCAAAACCUAUGAUCGAGCUGGCCCGUCCGAAAGCUGUCUUACGAAAGGUGUCAUGCAAAAAUGUAAUGUCAGCGAUGAUGUAGAGUGUGUUGGAGAAGCAAACACUAAUUUCGUUUAUGAAAUUAAAGAGAAAGGUGAAUCUCUCUUUUAAAGUACAGUAAAACCCAGCGUCUAAGAACAUGAAGUUCUCCAAGUUAGCCUAAACCGGUUCUAAAAUAAAUAGUAGUAAGCAUAAGUUUAGCCUAUUUAGGUUAAUAGGUUCUUAUUUUCAGAUGAAAAAGGUAGUCUAUUAUGUUGGAAAUAAAGCCCCGUUAGUGUAUAGGUAUAGGUAAAUCAUUGAUAUGCAUAAGGGCCGAGUCCAUGACGUCACCCCUUUUUAUAACCCAGGAAAAAAGUGUCUUCCUGCAUACUAAUUUAGUGCCUUCCUCCAUACUAAUUCGGUGGUUUACUAAUGAGGGUCUUCCUCCAUACAUAAUUAAGUGGAUAGUCGUUUCUUUUCAUAUGGAAAAACGCAAUAGGAACAAUAGGCUUGCCUAGGCUUGCCCGUUAAGUACCUUGAGCCCAGUUUUCGGACCGUCUAUUAAAAAAAAAAUACGAAUAAGAGAAGCGAUCACCUAGCAACGCGAGAAACGGCUCACUUUAUCUUAUUUAGCGCUAAAACUCAGAUAUAUAAACAAAACACAUACAGAACGUGGUGAUGAAAAGUGUUUAUUUCAAUUUAGCUUAUGUCUUCUGAUUUCGCGCUAAAACUCGGAUAUAUAAACAAAGCCAACCCACACAUACACAAAGUGGAGCUGAAAACUCUUUAGUUCAAGUUUGUUUGACUAUUACAAAACCGUUUUCUUCUUUCUAUCUCACUUCUCCUUUCUAACUAUUGAAGUCUCAGCGUUUCACUCACCGUUAGUCAGUUAAUCAUGCGCCGAGUUAACAAGCCCACCGUUGCAUACAAAUCAGUUCAGCUCUGUAGUAUUAUUACAAAAACACGCAGAAAAGAAAGCAAUUAAUGACUUAACAAGGAUCAAUUAGAACACGGAACUAAUCACUAAACACUCGUAAUAAAACCAGACACGUUUCUUCAGACACAAGAAAUCAACUUUAUGACCCUUCAAAAUAAUUGCAUUCCACAAAGAUUUGAUUAAAGAUUCUGUAGAAUAGUCAAAAAAGGCAAGCCAUCCUUUUUUUACACUCUGCACAAUGUUUUACUUACCCCUCUCCCUUUUAAUUUUUAUUUUCUCCUAUUUCUCUCCUUAACUGGAGAGGUUUUAAUGGAUAAUAUUAUUCAUUUAAUGUAAAUUCUCCCUUUUUGAUUGGCUAAAAUUACACGCAUAAUCAGCUACUGCUGACCAAAUCUGGAAGAAUUUUGCCAUAUUGAACCGAUGACGUCAAAAGUGCAGCAAAGUUGGAGAUUGUUAAACCGUUAACCGAGACGACCUGGGAAAGUAUUUGAGUUGUUUUCAAAGUGAGUAAUGGCGAAAAAUUUUACUCGUUUCAGCGGGAGCUAUUGUCUAAAAACAUAGUAAGAAUAGCAGGAAGACAACUCGAAGAAAAUCAUCUGUUAUUUAGAGCACAUUUGCAGACCUGGACAGCCCUUUAUCUCCUAAACUUCCGAUAAACAUGCGCUAUUAACAUCGACGGAGGUAAUUUUAAUAAGAUUUACUGAUGAUGCAGAUCGAUGCACUUUCACCAAAAAAUGUGUUAUCAUCCUGGUAGAUUUCUAUGACAAGCAAUCAUCAUGAAGAACGGAUUUGCCUUGCUAAGUCAAUGGCACUACAUACACACCUAGGUGCAUGGAGGAAAUUUCUUUAAUGUGUGGUUGUAGAAUGUUGUCCACAACAGAGCAAGGCGCCUGGUCACAACGCACAUUUUUUGAACAUGCCAUAUAUUAAGCACACUUCCAAGAAAUGUGUCUAUAACAAAAUAACAAAGACUUGAUGUAAACAAUUCAUUGAAUUUGUGACUAAUUUUUUAAUACAGAAUAUGAACGUUCCCUUCUAUUUAUCAGAGGAAUUCAGUGAAAUCGAACAAUAUUAUAAACGUUCCGAGAAGAAAAGCGUGUUGAAGUCAUAAACGCCACUAUGUGAAAUGGAAUGGUUUUAUAAUGAAAAAUAACAAUUCUGAUUUUUGUCAAUAUGUGCCUUGGAAAUUGGCAGAAAGCAAGUUCACCUAAUGAGGGUACAAAUGCCCGAAUACCAAGGUCUGCAUUUCGUUCUUGGCAGGCAGCAUGUAUGAACUUUUGCGUGAAGUGCGUUUACUUUGGUAUCCAGGUAGAACCAUACUCGGGCACAGGUCUCAACGCGGAGCAUGUAGCGUGAACAUAAUUUGCGAGACAUUGUGGAGAUUCGUUUUUUUUUUUUGGUUUGAUUGUUUGUUUGGUUGGUUCCUACAGGUUAGCCAACGAGUCCAAAACCAAGCAUCAUGUUAUCUUCUUUAGAUACAAUCGUGAUGAUAAUGAUAUCAUAAUAUUAUAAUGAUGAUAAUGAUGAUGAUGAUGAUGAUGAUGAUGACGACGAGGCUCGUUUCCUUCACGAGUUAAAAUGACUAUAACAUUUUAUUAAUAAAUUCCUGUAAUACUUUUUCUCAGCGCCAACGACGAUCCCACCCUCACCAUCGACGUUUAAAUCAACUCAUCGCUCAACUUCAAGCUCAACAAGUCAAAGGCUUACUUCACCUACAAGUUCUUCAACACCAGCAGGUGCUGAAUAAUGUGAUUUUUUUCAAUUUAUUAGAAAAAAAUUACUGACCAUGGCAGACCAAAAUUAAGAUCUAUUUUGUGUUAUGGCGGAUCCAGCAACUUUUUUGCAGAUAGCGGAUUCAAACGUCCACUGAUUAUUUGAAACUGUUUUAAAGAUAUUUUUCUACCUUAAUAAGCUUGCCGCUGCACAUUUUGACACCUUCACGCAGGGUUUUAUAUAUAAUUGAAAAGAGCUUCUGGCUAAAUAUUGUACCUUACCUGAUUGGUACCAGAUUGGUACAAUAAAGGUGGUUGUGUUUGGAAACCCUAUAGAUCUGGUGGGUUUUUUGUAUUUGGCUCACUACAGAGGCCAGGGCGGGAGGGAGUGAGGGAGGGCUUGGAAAAUAACAUGACGGCUUUUGCUGAUCCCCAUCGCUUUAGAACAUUUACUUUAAACCGAGACUUGCUCAAAUUCGAGCACUUUUAGCAAACGCUAAAGCCCUGAAGCUAACGCCUGCAUAAUCAAAUAAGUUUUUAUUUGUUUCAAGACCAAAAGAUGAAUAACCUCUAGCUUAUAUACCAUUAGCUAUAGGUUUGAGACUGAUUGGAGGAAGAGGGUCUGGAGAGGGCAGAGUAGAGAUCUAUUACAGAGGUAGCUGGGGAACUGUUUGCGACUAUCGCUGGGAUAUAGAUGAUGCGCGAGUUGUCUGUCGUCAACUUGGGUAUCCUCAUGCUAUCAGUGCUCCAAACAAGGCAUUUUUUGGUCAAGGAAGUGGAAAGAUUUGGCUGCACGUUGUUCAGUGUCAGGGAGAUGAAAGUUCCAUUGUGAAUUGUCCACACAGUCCAUGGGGUGUGCAUGGCUGUGGUCACCAUGAGGAUGCAUCAGUGAUCUGUUCUAGUAAGCAUGAUAAUAAAUAGCUAGUAUUUUAUAAUUAUUCGCUUUUUAUUCCGUAUUCCUCCGUAUUCAAGGGAAACCUUCAUUCAGGGGGAGCCAGCAAAAAUGUUCACAUUCAUAAUCUUUCUAUUUGUUACCUCUGUUGAAGGGAAAUCUCUAUUCAGGGGAAAGGGACACUUAUUCUGGGUCCCGAAACCCAAAAGGUGACAGACGGCAAAAUUCGUUGAUAAGUUUAAGUGCAGUUCACUAGUCAAAACGGUGACAGCAUUCAAAACAUGAACUAUCUCUCUUAAAAACGAUGUAUAACUCUUGUGGGAAUUAAACACACCAUAGCACAGAGAUAAUUUAAUUAGGAUUUUUUGUACACUAUCUAGAUGCUUGAAAUAAUGACUGCAACAGAUUCCGAGACAGAAUAAAAAAAAACUUUAUAUGUUGGUUAAUUAUUAACAAACCCCAGUCCGACCACCUCCAUUCAAGGGACACCUCUAUUCAGGGAAAACUUGCGUUGGACCCGAGGGUGUCUACUGAAUAGAGGUUCCACUGUAAAAAAAUAAAAGGCCGGCCAUUUGUAGUCACCUAUAAGUUCUUCAACCCCACCAGGUGCUGUUAUAAUUGUAUUAUUAUUCAUUCAAAAUACUUCCCCAAUUCUGAUUGGCUAGAAGCACACGCAAAAUUCACCAUAACCAGUUACUGAUGACCAAAUUUGGAACAAUUUUGUGUUAAACGAGGAAAUGACGUCAAAAAUGCAGCCUUUUACAGGUGAAUGCACCGUUAACCGAGAAGACCUGGGGACGAGGUUGAGUUGUUUUCGUUGUGAAAACUAAAAUGGCGAACACUUCACUCGUUUCAAGAGUAAGAACUACAGCUGGAACUAGGCGAAAUAAUGGCUAAAAACAUAGCAAAAACAGCAAGAAGACAACUCGGAGGGCGACAUCUGCUAUUUGGAGAAUAUUAGGGACUUUAAGAUCCAACGUCGCGGACGACAACAAGAACGUCAAAAUGACAAUAGGUUUAAUUAGCAAAACAGCAACUUCGCACGUGCAUCACACUUUUUUGCACAUUUAUUUUCCCGUUUUUACACGACUACGACGUGAAAAUGCCUAAUUUCGCGUUUUAUGGAGGACGUAAACAAGCAACGACGAAAGUUUAUUUCUCUUUCUGAGCUUGAAAAUGGUCCCUUGAAAUUCAGCUUCAGGAGCGGUCGUCAACAAUUGACAAAGUAAGGGGGCAGAAAUAAUCGCUAUAAAGACUGAAAGAACGCAAAUUCACUUUUUAAGCGACGUUCUUGUCGCCGUCGCCUCGUUGGAUCUUAAAGUCCCUAUUUGCGGAGCUGGACAAACCUAAACGCACACUAUCGAAGAUAAACUUUACAUCGAUGCAGGUAAGCAUGUUUUAGCUAUGUUUUUAAACUAGGAAUCAUUUUGAAUGAAUAAUAAAGCAAUUAAAUAAUUCGGCUUUCGUAGGAUAUGAAGAAUUAAGCAGAUCUCGGGUGGUGUUAUCUACCUCGGCCUUCGGCCUCUGUGGAUAACACCCUCCUCGAUCUGCUUAAUUCUUCAUAUCCUACUCAGCCUCAUUCAUUAACUCCUAAAUAACGUUUUAAAGCGGAGCUCCAGGCGCGCGCGCGGAGCCCCAUAGCUAAGUAAAUCUAACCAUCCCAGAAAAUUUGGUAAUCACGUGACCGUACACCGAGCGAACGACCGUCCGUCCGCACAACAUUGGGACCAAUGUUUACUCUCACGCUUUCUAGCUAGUUUAUGAGGUCCACCUUCUAGCCCUCAUAUAGCACAACAAUGUUGUGAUCAACUGGCAGCUGUAAGAACGGGGUAUCCGUUGACCAGUAUCACUUGACCAUAUCGCGGGCUCAGGUGUCGACCGCUGACAAGUUACUAGUUUUCAAAUUAUUUCUUUUUUGAUUCAUAUGAAUUGUGCUGUGUUUAUGUCACUAUAGCCCCGCACUAUUAAGAUUUUGUUUCGAACUGACCUCGGACGCAAAAAUUCAGCCAGUUAUUUAAAGUACAGGCGGGGAAGACCUUUUAUUACCAUGGUCAUGCGUUGGUCACGGUUUACGUCCAUUUUUUAUGCUCUGAUUGGUCAAAAUUCGACAGGUGAGGUCAUGCGGAAAAUUUAUGGAGCAUCUUGAAACUUGUUUACUUUGACAGCUGAAGCUGGCAGAGUUUUGUGUCAACUUGUAAUGUUUUAAACUGUCUUUUUCUUGAUGUACAAAAUGAAAUACAGCUGCUAUCAAGAGUCUUCUUAUUGGGUUUUUGGUUGAGAAAUGCGUCGCUUGUCAAAGUCGGAAAUCCGAUUUCGGAUGGCAUCGUUUUCGUUUUUCACCUUGCUUGAUGCGUAAGAGGGUUUAAAAGUCUCACGCGAUUCUGGCCUUACUUGAGAGCUUUCUUCAGGAGCUGCAUUCCGAAUGGUAAGCCCGAGUAAUUAUUGUAUUUGAUGUUUGUUUUUUAUAUCUAAUUUCAUGAAGACGAGCACAGUCAGUAUGCGGCAAGUUUAUGCACGGUUGUAAGUGAUUUGAGACAAUGAUCUGACUAGUAUAAGGUUUGAUAUAGGCUUACAAAACUUUAAAAAGCCUCUAGAUAUAUUUUCUCAUCGCAAAUAGAAAGAAACUUUCCGAAGAAUAUUUUAUUCAUAAAUGUGGCUGUAGAAAGAAAACUUUGAACGAUUUUCUUGCCUCGAGUUCAUCUUUGAAAAAUCAAACACUGGGAAGCAGGCUUAAAAAGUAAAGUAAGCUUUAAGCUUUCAGACUUGCCUUCGUGAUUGAAAAUUGUUGUCUCUGUAAAUGUUUCACCGAAUUAUAUUUCUUUAAUCGAUUGUUAGUAGUCUCUCUUGCAAUUUUAAUCGCUGUGCCGUUUGUUUUCAGUCGUUCAUGAACAUCGCUUGCAGGAUUAGUCAAAAUGCAGCGCGUAUCAAACGCCGAGUUUUUAAGAUUACGCAUCGUUAUAAAAAGAUUAAUUAAAAUUUUAAUAAACAAAAUAAAUUCUGUAUUAUGUUCAAACACUCAAGCACAGCUAGCCUCCCCGCAGACAUCCUUUGGGGUUCUUUUUUCACGCAUUCAUGAAUGGGUGACAAACGAACCCCAAAAGACGUCUGCGGGGAGGCUAGAGCACAGCUCGCUCUGCAAGUUUAGCGCUUGUCAAAAGUGAGAACCGGCUGGCCGUAUAGGUGAUUUUGGAAAUUUUUUGAGCGGUUUUAGCGAUUUGCUAAAAGCCCACGAUUGAUCGUCCUAAAUAUUGACUGAGUGCAAUUUGUCUUGAAAAGUUGUGACGUCUGUCCGAGGUCAGUGUAUGAUUAGUACAGCGCCUCUAGUACGGUUUCACCUCAGAUGUGAUGCAAAAAAAGUUGGUUUACACAUCCCCAGAUUUGUUGGCAAGAUUUUGUAAAGUAAAUUUGUCGAACGCAAAAAAUUCGGCCUGAUUUGUUUUCCAGGCCUAAUGUACUGUGAUCAAGAGCCAUUAUGGCUCUUGAAUGUGAUCGAAGAUGAUUGAUAUUUUUUGGGUGUACAUAUAAGGUUAUCAACUCGAUGCAAGAUGUUUCACUCUAAAAUCACUUAGCCUUUCCCUCAAAAGUCUCAUGAACUAAUUUGGGGAUUACAAGUUUAUCGUGUGAUUUAAAUUAUAAAUUUAUUAAUGGGGGCUUCGCUUUUAGCCCUGGCUAUUAAAAUCGAUAAAUUAUGGAAUGAAGACAUUCAAAUCCUACUGUUUUACCCAAGACAAAAUUGUAAACAUAGAUAAGAAAACAGCGAAAAAAAAGCGACUUGACGUUUCUCGAUAUUUUGGGUGGACAAGCUGUUGUAAUACUUUGUGUGAUUCUAUCUAUUAUUAGAAAUAAUUAGUAGGCGGAUCCAUAACUUGACAGGCGUCACAUGAGUGUGACUAUUUGAAACUGCUCCACAGAUAAUUUUUUCCUACCCUAAUUAGCUUGCCGAGUUCACAUUAUUUCCAUUAAAUUUCACCUACGCAGCCAUUUAUACAAACCUCUAGUCGCAAAUCGCUUAAUUAACUACUAAAUGAUAUAUCGCAGUAUGAUUGGUAUAAUAGAUUGAAUUCGUCACUGUUGUUGUGCACCCCCAGCUCACUCCCCCCUCCCUCUUCCAAAAAGAAAGAAAAAAAGAAAAGUAAAGUAAAAGAAAAAGAAAGAAAGAAAGAGAUAAAGAUUGACAUUUGAUUUUGCCAAAAUCGCACAUUCACGCAAAUAGUGUAAAAUAAUUGGUUCUCUAUAACGUUCUUGCCGUCUUUACAUCAUUUACUGACGAACACAUUCAUCCUACAUGUAUUUACAUCUAGAAACUUUAGGAGUGCAUAAUUCAUUAUCCGACAACUUUAAAAACUCAAACAAUUACUCAGCACGCGGACGGCCAUCUUUAACCGAGCUAGUUAUACGCAUGCGUUGAGUCUUCAGUUGUGGAAAGAGUCCUGGGUCAAUUUCUGUGGGACCCAGGUCCCAUGAUUGUGACAAUAAGCAAAAUUGAUUUUGUUACUCUUGAAUUUGCCCGUAAUGCUGAUCUCGUGGGGGAAAAAGGCGGUUGCACGAUCAACAAAUGACAUUAUUUUGCUGUCAAACUAGCCAAAAGUGUAAAUCAUGCUAGCAGGCCUUUUUUUCGGAAAACAGAUGAAAGUUAUGCUGCCAAAGAUUAUGCUUGCGCAAUCUAUCAAAGUCAAGAUAGAAGGGCGGGGGGUUGAAAAAAUAAUAAUACGCGUGCGUAGUCAAAUUGUAACACAAAAAAACCCACGUAUACAAAUAAAAAUCUUUUUGGUGAUAACACACCAUCAGGUUUGAGACUGAUUGGGGGAAGCUGGCCUGGAGAGGGCAGAGUGGAGAUCUAUUACCGAGGAAGCUGGGGAACGGUUUGUGACGAUGACUGGGAUAUAAAUGAUGCGCGAGUUGUCUGUCGUCAACUUGGGUAUUCUUCUGCUGUUAGUGCUCCACAAAGUGCCCAGUUCGGUCAAGGAAGUGGCAGAAUUUGGCUGGACGAUGUUCAGUGUCAGGGAUAUGAAAGCUCCAUUGGGAAUUGUCGACACCGUCCAUGGGGUGUACAUGACUGUAGUCACCGUGAAGAUGCAUCGGUCAUCUGUUCAAAACGUAAGCGUGACAAUAACUAGAUUGCAACCUAUAAAGUUGAGCCUUUACAUGUAGUCAACUAAAGAGAAGGCCGGCCGGCAUUACACAAGGUUAAUACGAUCUCUUUGCCUUAAUUCCAUCCCUAAACAGCUCUAGGCACGCCGCCCAUAAUCCAGUGCAGAGCAAGCAACUCCAAUGCUAGGCCAGGCAAGAGAGAAUAAUAGACAGGGAUGGAAAAGCCCAUUCUAGCCCUUGGGAUAUGUUAAUCUCACUAGUCUUAUUCCUUUACCAAUUAAACGCUUGAAUUAAUCGGGAGUUGGUAUCCGGAGAGGUCCGCAAACUUGAUUCAGCGUUGUCAAGGGGAAUUUAACAGUGGCCGUUACAAAUAUUCUGCUCUUUUUGCUUUGAGGGUUUGAAUUUUCCUUUAAAAAAAUGUGCGGACGCCUUAGGAAUGAGACUUCGUUAAUUACCACCACUAAAACUUAAUUUAGUGAAAUUCACAUAUUUACGCCAACACCCUAAGAUUAACUCUCUUUCCUAUUAUACUCUCUUGGCCAGCAUGUCAAGGCGUUUUUACGGAGCGCGGUUUUAAUUUUUAAAUCAAGUUUGUAUAGGUUAUAGCACGAUUUGUACUGAUAUUUGGCAUAAAUACCACGAGUGAUAUUUCGAAAUUGUUGAGACAAUCUUGAAACAUCACGAGUGGUAUUUAUGCAAAAUAUCAUGUACAUAUCAUGCUAUUAUUUGUUUAUACUACUACCCAGAAAAGGUUUGUAAUUUUCACAUGUAGGUAUUUCAAAUUAAGCUGAAAUACCAUUGCUCUAAGCCAAUCAAAUUGCCGAAAUUUCUCAUGUAGCAGUAUAACGAAGGAAAAUUAAGCUCUUAAUUUGGAGUCUUAUACAGUCCUAUUUACAUCGACUUUAUGCAAAUAAUUUAAAAUCAUAACACAAAUUGCACACUAGUGGAACUAUAAUCAAUGUUAACCUAAAGAACUAAUGAUCUUCUUUUCUCACAGCAGUCGAAUACGUAUUUUGCAAUUAACUUUUGCACUGGUUUGUUCUUGCUCGGAGGGUUUAUUGACAACAGAAAAACAUCAUCUGGCGCCAUUCUGUUUACUGAUAUUCUGUAUUCGUUGUUUAAGUUUUGAAAUAAAGUACUUCUUUUUUCUUGAUACGCAGGGCACAGAGUUGAAAUGUGUAUUUCAUCUUCUACGCCUUUUUUACAGAUAGGACAGAUCCUCUCUUCCGGUUUCUUAUAACGUCUUACAUACCGACCUGUCUCUAUCGCCAAUUUGUGAUUACUCAGACGGAGUUUAGUUAGAGUUAUCCGGUGUCGGAUGUUGGUGACCUGACGGAGAUAAUCUUCCCAUUUAUAAUUUUCUAUUGUUUUAAAAUUUCGGAAGGUUCUUUAUAGUUUGUUCUUUUGGAUGGCGUCUUUUCUUACGUCAUUGUUUACGUCACUUAACCAUCUUUGUAAUUCGAUGUCUUUCAGUCUUUGUUUGAUAAUGUUCAAGAUUCCUUUGUCAUUUUCAUGUGCUUUUGUCCAGAGGUAUCCCAGCCCUAUUUGGUCUAAUGCACGUUUGAUUUUUUGGCUCCAUAAUUUCUUAUUCAUCCUCGACGUCAUGUCAUUAUAAACCACCUGUGAUAAUUUGUGUUUUGGGUGUUUGGUUAAGUUAUCCAAAACUUAAAAUUCCUAUAUUGUGCUUCGAUUUUUAUUGGAAGUUUUCCUGUUUCAGCCCUACAUGCAUUGUUGCUGUAGUAUUUAUUUACUCCUUGCAACCAUUUCAAGAAUUUAAUUGGAACUAGUUCUGCGGGAUCUUUUUCUAUUUCGUCGUUACAGUCAACAGCCCAAAUCGAAGACUAGAGGAGGUAAGAAAGAUGACGGCCUUAUACCGGUCUCUUGGUGGUUGCUCUUUCAGAAUAAAAAUUCCUGGCCUUUUUCUGUUACGUUGCGCGGUAUUCCUCUAUUCCUUUGCACAUUUCAGUCGAAUAGCAUCGCAGAGUUCUGUGCAGAUUACACAAAAAGACGAAGUUUACAGUCAUUAGUGAUAUUAUGGGCCCGGAGGGGGGACUCCGCAUAUGAAAGGGGUGGGGAUGCUCGUCGGGAAUUUUGAAUUAAACCCCUAAAGGAGACCGAUCUGGGCGUGGCCCAAGUUUUUUUGACCUCGAAAAGAGACCAUGUUUUAACACAGACAAUAUAUAUAUUUUUAUAUUUUUUCGCGUGCAACCCUAAACAAGACCUCUACGGCUAAAUAUGAUGGCGUUUUUCCCAGAGCACCCUAAGUGAGACCGAACUCCGAAAUUUACACCCCUAAGCGAGACGACGAGCAUCCCCACCCCUUUCAUACGCGGAGUCCACCCCCCGGGAUUAUGGGAGUAGCUGAUGUAGCAGCGUUAGAGUUGUUUUUUUCGCUUUGUUUGUUAGUUUUUCAAAACCCAAAUGUGAAUUUACCUCUAACUCAUACACUAGCAACUUUGAGACUGAUUGGAGGAAGUGGGCCUAGAGAGGGCAGAGUGGAGAUCUAUUACAGAGGCAGCUGGGGAACGGUUUGUGAUGAUGGCUGGGAUAUAAAUGAUGCACGAGUUGUCUGUCGUCAACUUGGGUAUUCUUCCGCUGUCAGUGCUCCACAAAGUGCCCGGUUCGGUCAAGGAAGUGGAAAGAUUUGGCUGGACGAUGUUCAGUGUCAGGGGAAUGAAACUUCCAUUGUGAAUUGUCGACGUCGUCCAUGGGGUGUGCAUAACUGUGGUCACCAUGAGGAUGCGUCAGUGAUCUGUUCAGGUAAGGGCGAUAAUAGAGACCUUUAGAUUCCGAGACGAGGAGGAAUACGAGUACGAGUGAUUUCCUCGGUAAUAAUGAGUAUUGCUCACGCGUGAACUAGCGUCAUUUUGUCGCAGUGGCGGGAACAAGUUAUCAACUGUAAGACGUUUUAUCCUUAUGCUAUCGGGAGAGGGCUUAACCUCCCUCAGUAUAAAUAAUCGUACUAACUUUUUUGGUGAUAAAAGGCAAAAACAAAUAGAUUUUAUUUUAUAAUAGCUAUUAUUAGAAUUGAGCAUUCAAUCAAUUCUUUCUCUUUAGAAAAAGGCCCGCGCUUAAUAUGAUUCUUUUGCCUCACUUUCAUGUCAAAACUGCUCAUAGCAAGAGCUCACUCGCAGUUGUACAUUUUGCAGAUUAUUUAAAUUACUUUGUUGAUGUCUUAAGUCUCGACUAAAGUCGAAACCAAAUUUUCCAUUUUGAGUAAAUGUGAGUGACACUUUAUUUCAAUAGGGUGCAUAAUAUCAGUUGCACUUAUUAUCCCUUAAAAUUCCUUAAAUACUAAGGUUACGUAAUAAGUAAUUUAAAUAUUAAGUUUAAUAAAGUUAAAAACGUUCUUUCAAUUCUAAAGCUCUCAGGCGAUUAAAAAACUAGAGAUCUCUAAGGCAGUAAAUUUAAAUGUUAUUUGAAUGAUGAUCAUUAAUUCAUAACCAGCUACGCACUAGCUAUACUUAAAUUUUCUGAAUAAUGCAUCUUAGCCACUAACAAAUUAAAGAUGGAAAAAUAUCAAUAACUCGCCUCGUUUGCAGAACGUCCUAUCUGCCCAACAUUCCUUUAGUCUAUUCUUAGCAAGCUAAACAAUCGAGAAUUCUGUAAUGCAUUCCUUUUGCAGUUGUUUACGGCCUUCCUUCACCAUGUCCCUUUUUUCACAGGAAUUUCGAGUGUAGGAAGGAAAAUAAGUGGGGUUAGUCUUAGGGUUAACGUAGAAGUUAUAUCUCAAGUAGUUUAAAGCCUGGGUUAGCGAGUUUACGUAUAGGAAAAAAAAGGUUUAUUGGCUAUAACUUUGGCAGAGGAUGGAACUGAGUCGAAAUGGUAUAUAUAGAGAGACAUUAAGGUCCAGGAACAUUUUAAACAACUAGUAUCCGUUUUAAUAGUACCUCGCUAAAACUGUCACGUGACCACCCUUACUGAAAGUCUCAAAUAAGGAACAAAUAGCGUAGCACGCGAAUGACGUCAAAGUGACCAAUUUGCAAUGUUUGUCUGAGUUUUGUCAUUUUUCUCAUUUUAAUGACAAAAGACAGACAGGCAUGACAUUUUAAUGACAAAAGAAAUCGUCUAAUAUUAAACAUUUUUCUUCACAGUCUCUGUAUUAAAUAUUUCUAACAAUUUACGUUUACAGAAACUGUCCUUUGCACUUUGAUAAAAAAAAAACUGAGGACAAACACCAUUUCAAAGGCCAAAUUCAGACUUGAAUUACUCAAAACAUUAAUUGUAAACUUCUAAUACAUCUAUGAUAAUAAUUGUCACAAUAAUUUUUGGUAAUUAUUGUAUCCGUCACCGUAAUUUUUAUGUCAUCCAUCGCGCAGAAUGCCUAUUGUUCUCGGGACAUUUACUUCUAGUUCAACAAAGUUCGUAGAUCUGUCAUAUUACGCGCAAUCAUGCAGAGACUCUAUGAAAGCGCUUCAGCCAUUGGUUGCUAAGAAUGCACGACGAAGCUCAUCAAUAUGUUGUGGGUGGCAAACUAAACAAUGAAUGCAGCACGCUAUUGUUUCUCCUUUUAGCUCAGUUUGUUUCGCAAAACCGCUAAUAUGCGCAUAUUUCACAGUGAACGCUCAAAUCAUGAGAAUACAUACACUUUGCUUUAUUUUGCGGGAAUUUUGUUCAAAAGUUAAACCACAGAAAGAAAGGUGAAAUUUUCCAUUUAUUUUAGCGCGUGCGAGAUCUCCAUUAUGUCGUAAAUAAACUCGCUGCGGGGUGAGUAAAAUUGAGCGCGGAAGCCAGAACACUCGUCGCUGAAUGUAAUGUUUGGCUUCUCCAUUCGAAAGAUGUUAGCUCUUAUAUUGACCCCCAAAAGCAAUUUAACCAAAAUGGCGGGUAAGUAAGUUCAGUUUUUGCAAUAGAUCUUAAAUACUUAAGCUCGCUCCAUGAAAACAGCGGGCAUAAGAAAAUGCAACAUAUAUUUAUGUGGUUCAUUGUUCUAGAUAAUCCAGUCUCUUCACCAUGAAUUUGCAGGUGGAACGUCGGGCUGUUUUCGUCAACAAAUGAAGGACCCUUAUGAAUUUGUAACGGGUGGAUCGGGUUUUCGACGAGCUCUGAAAAGAGCUCCUGAUCUGUGACAAUUUUUUUUUCCAUGUUCAUUGCAAGAUUUGGUGAGCAGGUGCAAUGAACCAGCUGACGCAACGCGAUCAGUUAAAAAGUUCGCGGCUUCUCUGGACCAUUUUACAAUAAUAAUAAUUUUCUUAAUAUAAGCAUACCUGCACUGGAAAGUACAUGCUGGCCAUCACAUCCACUUUUACUCGUUCUAUUCAUUGUACUGAUCAAGCGUAUACGCGUGGCAGAUUGUGUUAAUAAACUCUAGUGAUUCUUUAAUAUAUUUUAAAGUUCGCGGCACGAGCUAAUUAAGAGAAGCCCUAAUUAAUUAACUAUUAAUGAAUGAGGCUGAGUAUCUUAUGAAGAAUUACGGAGAUCGAGGAGGGUGUUAUACGGCCUGGACGGAUAACACCCUCCGAGAUCUCCAUAAUUCUUCAUAUGAUACGAAAGCCGAAUUCAAUAAUUGUUUUAUUAUUCAUUCAAAAGAAUUCCCAGUUUAAGAAUACUCCAUCGAUGUUAAGUUCAUCCUCGAUAGUGCACGUUUAGGGUUGUUUAGCUCCGCAAAUAUUCUCUAAAUAGCAGAUGUCGCCCUUCGAGUUGUCUUCUUGUUGUUCUUGCCAUUUUUUUAGCUAUUAUUUCGCCUACAGUAGUUCUUACUCUUGAAACAAGUUUUUUGUUUUCACAACCAAGACAACUCAACCUCUUCCCCAGGUCUUCUCGGUUAACGGUGCAUUAACCUGCAAGGAAGCUGCACUUUUGACGUCAUCGGUUGAUUAAUCCAAAAAUUCUUCCAAAUGUGGUCAUCAGUAGCUGAUUAUGGUGAAUUAUGCGUGUGAUUUUAGACAAUCAGAAUCGGGGAAAUAUUUUGAACGAAUAAUAAUAUCCAUUAGCUUCAUAUGGUUUCCUUUAGGCCUCCUCGCCAUCCCUUUUCUACAUUUUCAUAUGGUUUGUUUCAAACUUUUGAUCAAGUGGCAUUUCACGUGACCAUAAACAUACGUCAAGGCUGCUGAAAACCCCAAGAUUUCCAUUCGGCAAAAAAAUCAUCCUGUUCGUUCGGGGUAUCCUAGCAAGAGAGAUUGCCAAUCAAUCAUAUUUUACAACACGCUUUUGAGCCCAAAAGCCAGGCCUUUAUCCCUUGAGUAUAGACGCUUAGUACAUGUAAACAGUGAAUAAUGUAAUUGUGCUAAACCAGAUCUGGAUGCAAUUAAUGUUCACUCUGAUGAGCCCCCCUCACUCAAAAGGGCGAAACAGUUGUCCACGGCUGCCAAUUCCAAGGUGAUCUUGGUGUGAGCUUGCGUAAGGUCCUGGCCAUACCUCAGAAAUCGCGGAGAAGUGUUUUAGUCUUGACGACCACUAAAAGUCCUCAAGUUUGAUGUCCGCGUGAUGACGUCAUAAUUAAAGAAAACGAGAAAGCUGAAACGGGCCAAGGAUGUUAUUCAACGGACUCGUAUUGAAUUCUUCACCUCAAAUAAAUGACCUUUCUGUUUUACACGUCCAGUACUUUUAAUACAAAGCGAGUUAUAUUAUUUAGCUCUAUAAAUAUUAGGUAAUUCAUGCGAAGAAUAGCACUCAAUUUUUCAAUUGCACUUUUUGCAUUACUUUUUGUAUAUCUGCAAAGGCUCCUCGGGCCUACGCGUGUAUAAAGUAAAAAAUUGUUUAUAGUUUAUAGGUAAAGGAAGCAUUUUAUUUGGUCGCACAAGACAGUACUCAUGAAUAGAGAAUAACGCACAGGUGUAAGAAAUAUGAUAUAUAUACUAUUAACAUGGCAUAAUCUUAGUGAAGUAUCUAAACUAACAUUUUCGAAUUGUCUGAUUUGUUUCUUUAUCACAGGGGCCUAGCUGGGAUCUUUCCAGAGGUAAACACAGCCUCGAUCCCUGUCUCUUAAAUCGUUUCCCACAGACUACUGGAUAAUAUGUGCGUUUUGUUUUUGAAAAACUGACAAUUUGCCAGAACAGCUUAUCAAAGUUAGAGACUAUUGAUGGGAUGUGUCGGGGCAUAAAUUGUGUUUUCCUUUACUUUAAAGCAAGAGAGGAUAAAGGGGACAGAGAAGGCAUCCCCCAUACACACCCUAUUCCAUGAGUAAUUCGUCUCGAGUUAUUUUUAACACCACAAAUCUCAAGGGGGAUUAGACAACAGCCAAUCACAUAGCGCGAAUGUGUUGCACGUGGAUGACCCACGCUCAGAGCCACACGCCCUUCACGAAUUGACGCAGAACAAAGUGGCGGAUGAUACGGAGAGCGAUAUUGCUAUUCGUCUUGUCGACGAAAACGACUACAGAGAGAUUUCUGCUAAAACUGUGUCAGCGAAACGGAAAUUAAAAAAGAAUCACCCUUCCUCUCUUGUUUAAAGCUGACAGUACAGCAGGGAAAUCAUUAACACACUGAAUAUUCUCUCAGGAUCAUUUAUAAUUUGCGGUUUGAAGAGAGUAAUUUCUGGUUUGAUAUUUAUUCUUUUUUUAGUCUUUUAUUAUUCAACAAAAAUAACACUUGGCGUCCUACUUGCUUUAUUGUACAAACCACCGGUUUCAAUAGACCGGCGAAAUUUCUCAUUUUAUUAAAGCACUGAGGUUACGACAACUUCGGGUUAAACUGAUUUCACGGGUUGUCAAAGAGUCCAGCGAUUCCCUUUUCCCAGGUGAGCGCCGACUCAUUUCACUUCAAUAUUCAGAAAUGCUCUCGAUCUCUUUACGCUUUCAUUGCCUUUCGCCCGACAUGUUUUGCACGGUGUUUAGUCAUGCGAAACCUCCACGAAACAUCCACGCAGCGCGCGAGGUAACUUUAUCCCCAUUCUAAAAAGAACUCGAGACGAAUUACCUAUGGAAUAGGGUGUGUAUGGGGGAUGCCUUCUCUGUCCCCUUUAUCCUCUCUUGUUUAAAGUCAUUACCAUACACUUUCAUUCUCAAACACAAGUUUGGACAGAAUUUGUGCAACCGAGAGCUGCCUCUGUUGGCUGAUAAGAGCCAUAAGUAUUAUUCGAAAACGUUAAACCUCGUUUGGUUAGCCUUACGAGUUGUACAUUCCAGUUAAUUCCCACUGUUUUGGAGAACGGGCGAGGUUCUUGAACUUUGAGAGGAAAGACGCAAGAGAUAAACACCAGUUUUCAAUGGGAAAACUUGAAGUGGCCGUUUUUUAUACGUACGAACACAUGCACUCUUUAGUUAAGAACCACAGUUUUCUGGAUCACUGAAAUAGUUUCAAAUGACUGAUCUAGAGGACUUAUGAACACAAGAUAAUACAUAAUAAUAAUAAUUUGAUAUUUUUUCAUUUCUAUUUUCCAGCAGGUGUUGACGAUAUAAAGCCAUCAGCUGUUAGUAAAGUAGUCUUCAAGACGUAAAUCUAAUCUGGACAUAUACACGAUCUCAAGGAGCGGGUAGCUGUUCUAAUAUGGCUGGUUGUAUUUAGAUCAAUGCAUUGUGGAACUCAAGUAUCUAGGUUUUUAACAACUAUAAUUGACUAAGUACAACAAAACAUUAACAACAAAAACAAC